UUCCCACGCUUUCGAAUCGUAUGUUUCCAUUGUGGCGGAGCUCUGCUCUUCUACAACCACCAUAAUAUCCUUUGAGCCUGUAUUUGUGUUUCUGUACCGGUCUGCUUUCUUCAGCUAGGACCUAUAUUCUGUCCCGUUUCUCAUUGAGCCCCCGCUCCGGACGUGUCUUGCCCUAGCUCCACCUUCCAUGACUGAUCCUCUAGGACAUUCACUGUCUCAACUUUCAAUACAGUCCACGGCAUCGCAAGCAGACGACUGGGAUCGGUCAGUGUGCGACGACACAGAAGGCUCGACUGGCACGCAGCCAAAUACUGUGUCGUUUCCGGGAAAUACGAACGGAGAUGAGGAGCAGAAUACGCCAAUAGCGGGUGGCAAGGGAAAGCGAACAUUAAGCGAGCUGUUGAAGUUGCAUGCGGAGAAGGGCACGGACGUCCAUUUCACUCCAGAAGAGGCAAGCAGAGUUGCGGACGUUUUGGGGCAGUGGAUCAACUCUAGCUCUUCACCCUACGAAGGUGAAGACGACUUCUUCUCACGUCCACAUUCGCAAGACGAUCUCUCGAUGACCCAGCGCUCGGUGUCUGGCGCCUCAAAUCAACUUAAUGGCCGUCCACGAGGUCAGAGCGAAAGCGUGGUGAAGUCUUCAUGACCAGGCAAAUAAUGCGACACGUUUGCUCCUUCCGAAUUGCCUCUUCAUCAAAUGUUACAUAUAUCAACUUCCUGCGCGUGUUCCCUCGUUCAGGUAAUUUGCGCUGGUUAUCGCUAUGUUUGCAUCAUCGCCCUUUCUACGACGUGUCACGACCCUUAACGACCCUUCACGAUAUUACGGCUUCACUUGCAAGUCAACGACCUUCUAAUGCCUUAAUUGCUUCAUUGGUCCGCGCCGUCUCCGACGUAUUACCCACCAUUUUUCACCUAGAUAUCCAUUCAGAGAUGCUUGAUCUCCGCUAAUGCUUGGUUGCUAUGUAUCGUUGUAUCGUCCUCACUCUGCCUGAAAUGCAUGGUUAGAAUCCAUCAAUCUGUCGGAACUUGAAUCAUCUUCGAGGCGAGCAUGUGUGGUCAUCCCUCUAAGUCUGUUCUAUAGUCUGUUUCUAUGUGUG